AUGGCGAGGAUCACGAUAAGUUUUCUGGCCCGUCUCCUGCUCGCGGCCCCAGCCGCGGUUACAGCUAUAAAUGUGGCAAUUUUGAAUCCAGAUUCCGUCAGAAGGGCGGCGGCUCUUGUCGCCGAGGAUCUCCUGAGCUUCUACAACGGAACCGCGGCGGGCGAGACCCCUGGAAUCUUGCCCUACAGCGAAUACUUUUGGUGGACGGGUGGCAUCAUGUGGAACACGCUGCUGGACUACCGCGCCCGUACCGGCGAUGUGAAGUACGACGACCUCAUUUCACAGGGCUUGCUCUUCCAGAGGGGACCGAACGACGACUACUUGCCUCUCAACUUCUCCGCCCAGAUAGGCAACGAUGACCAGGCGUUCUGGGCGCUCGCCGCGCUCGAAGCCGAGGAGAUCGGGUUCCGCGAUCCGCCGGCCAGCGAGGCACAGUGGCUAACGAUGGCCAAGAACGUCUUCGAGUCGCAGUCGAGCACCGACCGACGAGCGGGUGGCAAUUGCGAGAACGGCCUGCGAUGGCAGAUUCUCCCGUCCAACGCUGGCUACAAUUACAUUAAUGCUGCUUCGAACGUCGCCUACUUCAACCUCGGUGCCCGGCUAGCGCGCCUAACCGGCAACGAGACGUACCUGCGAGAGGCCGAAGACACUUACGAUCUGCUCGUCAAACUUGGCUUAGUCACCGAGGACUUCGACGUCUACGAUGGCGUCAAUACGCCCUCGUGCGAUAGAGUCAACGAGGCACGAUUCUCAUACAACGCCGGCCUACUCCUACAGGGUGUCGCCGCUCUCUACAAUGAAACGCGCGAGGAGGUCUGGCGCGAGCGCGUCGACGGGCUCACCACCAGGAUACUAGAGGUCUUUUUCAAAGACGGCGUGCUCUCGGAGGCCGCGUGCGAGCCGACGCUGUGCACGGUCGACAUGAGCUUCCUGAAGGGGAUCACGCACCGGGCGCUGGCGGCGACGGCGGAACUCGCGCCGCACACGGCCGUCCGGAUCCGGUCGGCGCUGCGGACGAGCGCGAAGGCGGCCGCGGUGCAGUGCACGGGCGGCGACAACAACCGCAUGUGCGGCCUCUACUGGCUCGACAGCACGUGGGACAACACCGUCGGCGCCGGCAACGAGGCCAGCGUGCUCAGCGCGCUCGUCAGCGUCCUCACCAGAACAGCCCCCGUCGUCCCCGAACUCCCGAACAACGGUACCUCGGGCAACGAGACUGCUACGGAUGGAGACAACACCCCCCUGUCCGCCGGCACCGUGGCAUGGGCCGGCACGAGCGUUAGUCUGGCUGCGGGAGCGCUGCUGCUCGUGGGCCUACUUCUGUAA